AUGUCUAAAGAUGACGAUGCUCAAUGUGCAGGUCAAUGGGGUCCUAGACUUGCACCAAAUCUGGAUCCAAAUCGCCAAUGGGCAGCAGUUCGUCGUCGUUACGAAUGGAACGAUACAUACGAUGAAGGAAUAGCUCCCAAAGACGAAGAAUUGGAAAAAGAACUUUUUGGCGAAGAUAAUCAUGUUCAUUCUGGUAUUAAUUUUGCAAAAUAUGAUAAAAUUAAGUUUGAAGAAGCAAAACUUCAUCCAGCAAUGAAGGACAAUGUUAAAUUGGCUAGAUAUGAUAUACCAACUCCAGUUCAAAAAUAUUCUAUUCCAAUAAUUACUGAGGGAUUAGAUUUAAUGGCAUGUGCUCAAACUGGCUCUGGCAAAACAGCUGCAUUUUUGAUUCCAAUAUUAUCCCAAAUGUUUACAGCUAAAAGAAGCUCAAGACAGUCUGGAAAUACACGAAAAUAUAAAGCUGAACCAUUAAUAUUAAUAUUAGCUCCUACGCGUGAAUUGGCUACUCAAAUAUUUGAUGAAUGUCGUCGAUUUACUUAUAGAAGCAUGAUGAGACCAUGUGUUGUGUAUGGAGGUGCAGAUUCUAUUCCUCAAAAAGCUGAAUUGGCUAAAGGUUGCGAUAUAUUAACUGCCACACCUGGUAGACUAAAUGAUUUUAUGGAUCGUGGUGUACUAAGUCUUCGUAAAGUUAGAUAUCUUGUGAUUGAUGAAGCUGAUCGUAUGUUAGAUAUGGGUUUUGAAACAGAUAUUCGUAAAAUUGUUCAGGAAUCUGACCUUCUUGAUGAUGGUUCAAGACAGACUAUGAUGUUUUCAGCCACUUUUCCAUCAAAUAUUCAAAGUCUUGCAAAGGAUUUUUUGAAAAAUGAUUACUUGUUCCUUACAGUUGGUAGACUUGGUGGAACAACAAUGUAUGUUGAGGAUAAAGAUAAACGUGCAAAACUUGUUGAGCUACUUAUGAAACAACCACCAUCUCGUACUCUGAUCUUUGUUGAAACAAAACGUGGUGCAGACUCACUUGAUGAUUACUUGUAUCAUAAAAAUUUUCCUACCACUAGUAUUCAUGGUGAUAGAUCACAACGCGAGAGAGAAGAUGCUUUAAUAUCAUUCAAAAAUGGCCGAUCACCUAUUUUAAUUGCUACGGCUGUUGCUGCACGUGGUCUUGACAUAAAAAAUGUAAUGCAUGUCAUAAAUUAUGAUUUAUGUAAAGAUAUUGAUGAAUAUGUUCACCGAAUCGGAAGGACUGCACGUGUUGGUAAUGAAGGAUUGGCAACAACUUUUUACAAUGAAAAGAAUUCUGAUGUUGCUAGUGAUUUAGUUAAAUUAUUGUUGGAAUGUAAACAAGAAGUUCCUAGUUUCUUAAAAUCAUACUUGCCUGAUAAUAAUAAUUUUGGUGAUGAUGCAGAUUUUGAUAAUAAAAGAGGCGGAGGAAAUAGUGACUACAGAAAUCAAAAUAACAAAUAUGCUAAUAAUGAUUCAUCAGGAGGUGUAACAUCAAGUAACUGGGAUGCUCAUAACAACAAUAACACUAGUAACGUAUGGGAUAAUACACAACAAAAAGACAUAAUAAAUGACACAUCAGCAUCAACAGCAUGGGAUCCUAGUAAAACUCCAUGGGAUGGUGGUAGUACUACCAUUCAAACUCAGCAACAAUUUCCUCCAUCAUCAUUACCACAACAACCUUCUCAUCAAGCACCACUGCCACCACUAACACAACAACAAUAUCAACAUCCACCACAAUAUCAGCACUCACCACAAGUUACAUUUCAACAGCAACCAACAUUUCAACAACAACUUCCUCCUCCUAACCUUCAGUCUUUUCCUCCACAAUCUUUCCCUCCACAACAACAAAAUCCUUUACAACCACCACAACCUCAAUAUAUUCAUUCACAAUUUACUCCUCAACCUCCAUAUAGUAGUCCGCAACCAUUACAACCACAACAACCUGUUAUUCAACAAUAUGGCAGCAGUGCACCACCACCUCAACCAUCAUUGAUUGGUCAACAACCUAAUCCUAAUAAUAAUUAUAACCAAAUUCCUCCUCCACAACACCAAAACUAUGGUUAUAAUUCACAAUCUAUACCACCACAACCACAACCACAACCCCAUUCUUAUCAACAAAUGUCACAACCACAACAAUUAUCACAACAAUUACCACAACAAUUACCACAACAAUUACCACAACCACCACAACCAUUUGGUAAUUAUGGUGCUAGUCCUUCUAAUAAUAAUUAUAAUUAUUGA